GGUGAGCAUGAAAUCCAAGGAGGUGGUGGCGGCGCUGGGGGAGCCGGACGUGAAAGCAGGGAGGGGCAGCAGUGGGGCAGUGACGGUGAUCUACUCACAGCUGAAACCGGCAUUGCAGCGAAACAUUGGGCUGCAGGUCACGUUUGUGGGGCGCAGCUGGAAGGAUGCUGACAAUGCUACAGACUGCAUCACGUUGUAUUUAGCAACGGACAAGUCAUGA